AUGUCCCGGGGGUGUCCCGGGGAUUGCCGGGGGGCUCCGGGGCGCACCGGGCGGGCCGGUGACCUUGGCGAGCCGCCGGUCCUGCGCAGCGCCGGCACCGGGGCAGGGCCGGGCCGAGCUCCCGGCGUCGCUCCCUGCGCGGAACCGCAGCGGCGGCACCGGCGGCGGCACCGGCGGAGGUACCGGCGGAGGUACCGGAGGAGGUACCGGCGGGGGUACCGGAGGAGGUACCGGCGGAGGUACCGGAGGAGGCACCGGCGGGCCCCUCCCGCGGGCGGCACCGGGCACACGGUGAGUGCGGGGCUGCGGCCGCCGGGCACCGGGACGGGACCCCCGGGACCGGGAGGGACGCGGCAGGCGAGGGUCUCCCCCUGCGGGGCGGCGGCGGCGGCAGGAGCGGGGCUCCCCCCGCGCCGCGCUGUCCUCGCCCGGGCACCGGAGUCCCGCAGCCCCGGGGCUGCCGCCGCAGUGUCCCGCACUGCAACACCGCACCGGGCCCGGAGCGCCGCCACCGCCGCAGCCGCUGCCCCGAGCGGCACCGGGACCCCGCGGGGCUGCCGCGCUCCUCCCGCCCCCGCGGCGGCCACCGGGAUGCCCGGGGGGGUUUCCCGCGCCCCCUGCCCCCACCGGGCACCGGGACCCCCGAGGGGAUCCCCACGCUCCCACCCCACUCGGGAGCCUCUCCGUGACCGCGUCCGUCCCGCAGAGGGUGACAGCGGCGCCGUGGUGGUGCAGACGGCGCCGGGCAAGGUGGUGACCCACCGCGGCGGCACCAUCAUCCUGCCCUGCCGCUACCACUACGACGUGUCCGCGCACGACCCGGCCGAGAUCCGCCUCAAGUGGACCAAAGUGACGGAGCCCAUGACCUUCGUGGACGUGUUCGUGGCUCUGGGCAAGGCCCGCCGGGCCUUCGGGCCCUACCGCGGCCGCACGGAGCUGCAGGAGGACGGCGCGGGCGACGCGUCGCUCAUCAUCCGCAACGUCACCCUGCAGGACUACGGCCGCUACGAGUGCGAGGUCACCAACGAGCUGGAGGACGACACCGGCGUCGUCAAGCUGGACCUCGAAGGUGUUUUUUUUAGCGAAAACCCUCUUUUCUUUACGGAACUGUUUCGGAUGCUCCGCAGGGCAUCGCUCACCUCCAGCCCCAAAAUCACAUUGGCUGCUCCACAGCGCUGCCACCCUUCAACUCCUCCCGCCUCCCCAAAUCCUUCUGAGGGGCUCCACGGCGCUCCCAUCCAUCCCCUCCAUCCCCCCAAAUCCCCCCGGGGUGCUGCAGAGCGCUCCCCUCGCCCCUCCCCGCCGCCGGGCGGGUUCCCCUUCAGCCGCUCCUUUCACCCCGCUGCAGGCAAGGUUUAUUUCCUGAAGACUUUCCGCAAGCUCAGCUACCCGGAGGCCGUGCAGGCGUGCAAGAACAACGGCGCGGCCGUGGCCAAGGUGGGGCAGCUGUACGCGGCCUGGAAGAUCCAGCUGCUGGACCGCUGCGAGGCGGGCUGGCUGGCGGACGGCAGCAUCCGCUACCCCAUCGUCAACCCCCGCGCCCGCUGCGGCGGCCGCGAGCCCGGCGUGCGCAACCUCGGCUUCCCCGACAAGAAGUACAAGCUCUUCGGCGUCUACUGCUUCAAAAAGGCCGGAGGAAACCCGCCCGGGGCGGACGCGGGGCUCCCCAAACGCGUGUGA